UGCCCCGCGAGCGCCUGCUUGGACCGAGCCGCCAUGUUGUCGGUGUGAAAGCCAGGGAGCCGCAGCGAAACCGGGGCUGAAAUCCGUCACCAUCCGCAUCCUCCACCUGCUCUGGUGGAAUGAGCGUAGCGUGUGUGUUGAAGAGGAAAGCUGUGCUCUGGCAGGAUUCAUUCAGCCCCCACCUCAGACUGCCUCCCCCUGACAGGCCAUUACCCAGCAUGCCUGUGGUGCUGAGUGCCGCGGGCCACGCCUCUCAACCUGGUCCUGCUCCGCAGGCCCCUCCCCCUGCACAGGGGGCGGGGCGUUCUCAAGAUGAUGCAAUGGUGGAUUACUUCUUCCAGCGGCAGCAUGGCGAGCAGCCUGGAUACAACAAUGGCAAACACCGCUGGCCCACUGGAGAUAACAUUCACGCUGACAACCAGGUGCGGUCGAUGGACGAGCUCAACCAUGACUUUCAGGCACUAGCUCUAGAGGGAAGAGCCAUGGGAGAGCAGCUCCUCACAGGCAAGAAGUUUUGGGAAUCUGAUGAUUCAGGGAAAGAUGGACCAAAAGGGAUCUUUCUGGACCAAUGGAGAGACAGUGCCUGGGGAGCCUCUGAUCAUUCAGUGUCCCAGCCAAUCAUGGUGCAGCGUCGGCCAGGUCAGGGUUUCCAUGGCGUAGGAGAGGCGGGAUCUGUGCUUUCACCUCGUUCUGAGAGUGGUGGGCUGGGCGUGUCCAUGGUGGAAUAUGUUCUGAGCUCUUCCCCUGCUGAGAAACUUGACUCCUGUCUGCGUAAAGGGGCCUUUGGUCCUCGGGAUGCUGAGGCUGAUGACCCGGAGAAGAGAGCAGAGCCAAAACCCAAAACCACUUUUGACCCUGAGAGAAAAGAGCUGAAAGAAUCAGAACCUGAUCCUAUGGACAACCCCAAUGGACUGCCCAGUCAAAACGGGCUGGAUGUGGAUGUAAAGGACUUUAGUCGUACUCCUGGUAACUGCCCUCCUGCUGGUCCUGAGGUGGAGUUGGGUGGAGCUGAGAUGGCUGGAGGGUCAGGACCAAAACCAGCUGAGGAGUUCCCAAAUGUUGAGCCCCAGAACGUGACCCUUGACCCUAUGGAAUCUGUUUCCAUGGAGACUCUGCAGUUUGAUUAUUCUGGCAGCCAGCUGCCUCUUGACUCCACAGCAGCUACUGUUGGUCUCUUUGAUUACAACUCCCCUCAACAGCUGUUUCAAAGGCCCAGCGCUCUGGCAAUGCAACAGCUCACAGCCGCUCAACAGCAGCAGUAUGCCCUUGCUGCAGCCCAGCAACCGCACAUUGGAUUGGCUCCUGCAGCAUUCAUGCCGAACCCUUACAUCAUCAGUGCAGCCCCACCUGGCACAGACCCCUAUGCUGCUGGCCUUGCUGCUGCUGCUACACUUGGUCCAGCAGUGAUGCCCCCUCAGUAUUAUGGCGUGACUCCCUGGGGUGUCUACCCAGCCAACCUGUUCCAGCAGCAGGCCCCUGCCCCCUCUAACUCAGCCAAUCAGCAGCCAACAGCACAGACUCAGCAGAACCAACAGCAGGUGAUGCGUGCUGGAGGUAACCAACGACCCUUGACUCCCAGCCAAGGUCAGCAGGGCCAGCAAACGGACCAGCUUGUAGCGGCGGCAGCAGUGAACUCGGCCUUGGCGUUUGGGCAAGGUCUGGCUGCUGGCGUUCCUGGGUACCCUGUGCUUGCUCCAGCUGCAUACUAUGACCAGACUGGAGCUCUAGUGGUGAAUACGGGAGCUCGCAGCGGCCCUGUCCGACUCAUGGCCCCUGCCUCUGUCAUCAUCAGCCCAACUGCAGCCGUGGCAGCUGCAGCUGCUUCUGCAAGUGGGGCUAAUGCAGGCCUGGGGGGCGGAGCCAGUGGGGCAUUUCGUGCAUUGAAUUCCCAACAAGCUCCAGGUCAGCAAGGAGGCGGGGCCCUGGGAGGAAGCUCCUUUUAUGGGAGUGGUUCUCCAAGCUCCUCCUCGCAGAGCUCGUCCUUGUUCUCUCAAGGCUCUGCCCAACCAGGAAGCUCCUCUCUCGGAUUCAAUGCUAACCCAUCUUCGUCCCUUGGUGCUACACUUGGAGCAACACUUGGAGGUUUUGGAACAGCAGGUGUGUUGCCUAACUCUAGCUCCAGUGGCUCCCGCCGGGACUCUUUGACAGGCAGUUCUGACUUAUACAAGCGCACACCCAGCAGUCUCACUCCUAUUGGCCAUGGAGGCUUUUACAAUGGACUUGGUUUCAGCUCCUCCCCUGGCCCUGUUGGCAUGCCACUUCCCAACCAAGGUCCCUCCCACUCUCUAACUCCUCCACCUUCUCUUUCAACCCACGGAUCCUCCAGCAGUCUCAACCUUGGUGGUCUGACCAAUGGCAGUGGUCGUUUUAUCUCUGCGGCUCCUGGGGCUGAGGCAAAGUAUCGCAGUGCAACUACUGGCUCCUCCCUCUUCAGUCCCAGCAGCCAGCUCUUCCCGUCAUCACGGCUACGCUAUGGCAUGUCAGACGUGAUGCCGUCUGGACGCAGCCGUCUGCUUGAGGAUUUCCGCAACAACCGCUAUCCCAACCUCCAGCUGCGUGAGAUAGCCGGCCAUGUCAUGGAGUUCUCUCAGGACCAGCAUGGCUCCAGGUUUAUCCAGCUGAAGUUGGAGAGAGCAAGCUCUGCGGAGCGUCAGCUGGUCUUCAGUGAGAUUCUGCAGGCUGCCUACCAGCUCAUGGUUGAUGUGUUUGGCAAUUAUGUCAUCCAGAAGUUCUUUGAGUUUGGCAGUCUGGAUCAGAAGUUGGCGCUUGCUGAGCGGAUCCGUGGGCAUGUGCUGUCUCUGGCUCUGCAGAUGUAUGGCUGCAGGGUGAUCCAAAAAGCCCUGGAGUUUAUCCCCUCUGACCAACAAGUUAUUAGUGAGAUGGUGCGGGAGCUGGAUGGCCACGUGCUGAAGUGUGUGAAGGAUCAGAAUGGGAACCAUGUUGUCCAGAAGUGCAUUGAGUGUGUGCAGCCUCAUGCUCUCCAGUUCAUCAUUGAUGCCUUCAAAGGACAGGUGUUUGCUCUGUCCACACACCCCUAUGGCUGCCGGGUGAUCCAGCGUAUUUUGGAACACUGUCUUCCAGAGCAGACUUUGCCAAUACUGGAGGAGUUACACCAACACACUGAGCAGCUGGUCCAAGAUCAAUAUGGAAACUAUGUAAUUCAGCAUGUCCUGGAGCACGGCCGUGCAGAGGACAAGAGCAAGAUUGUCGCGGAGAUCAGAGGAAAUGUCUUGGGGCUCAGCCAGCACAAGUUUGCCAGUAAUGUGGUGGAGAAGUGUGUGACACACUCGCUGCGUGCGGAGCGGGCCAUGCUGAUUGAUGAAGUGUGCAGUAUGGCGGACGGGCCCCACAGUGCCUUAUACACCAUGAUGAAGGACCAGUACGCCAACUACGUUGUGCAGAAAAUGAUCGAUGUUGCUGAGCCAACACAGCGCAAGAUCGUAAUGCACAAGAUACGGCCUCAUAUUGCGACCCUGAGGAAGUAUACAUAUGGGAAGCACAUCCUGGCCAAGCUGGAGAAGUACUAUAUGAAGAAUGGAGUCGACCUGGGCCCGCUCUGUGCUCCCCCAAACGGCAUCAUGUAAACUCUUCCCGUUCAUCCCCUGAUGUGCGUGCGUGUGUGUAUGCGUGGAGUUAAGAGCUGUUGGUCUGAGAUCACUGUAAACCCUCCCCUUGUAUUGCUGAGUCCCCUCUCUCCAGGUCCUUGUGAGCUUGUUCUUGUUUUCUCUUUUUAGCAUAUUUACACCCAGCCCCUCUCCCACUACUACUUAAACCUUGGUCCUCCUCUUCUGUUUUUGUAUGUAUGAGAUGAAAGAAUAUUUGAUUUGAUCCCAGUUUGAAUCAUGGAGGCUUCCGCAUAUAAACACUUUAUUGCUAAUACACGUUUCUAACACACUUUCAUAACACAGACACAUUACACGCUAACACACUCUUGCUAACAUGAUGCAGACAUUUAGCAUGGGAGACGUUUUUGGUCUUGCUUCUAUAAAUAUUUAGUGCAUACUUGGUGUAGAACUUUGCAUAUAUAUAUAAAUAUAUAUAUAAAACUUUGUAGUUUUUUCUGGUUUUUGAUGUCCAAUCUGUACCUAUAAUCUACCCAGUAGUGAAUACAUACUUCUGAUUGUAUAAUUGUACAUUUGUAAACCUUCGCUAAUGUAAAUGUGGACUUGCUUCUACAGCCCUUUUUGGUAUGAGAAGAAGAAAAAAAAAAACAAAAUGGGGGAAAAAAAAAAGAAUCUUGUGCAUUUCAGUGUAAAUUCUCACCUCUUUGGUUGUUGUUUGAGUUAUGAGUUGUUGUAUAUUGUAAAUUGUAAUAUCAAAUUUUUUUGUUGGUUUUGAAGCCCUUCGGAUUAAAAUGGCAUAGAUGUACAAAGAACACAAAUAUGGGCACUCUGCUUUUAGCCAUUCACCAGCCAUUUUUUCCCACAUCAGCUCAUCCCUUAAUUUUUUUUUCUUUCCUUUUUUUUUUAAGAAAAAGAUCUUUUAUAGUCCCUCCCUUACUCCAGGGCAGAUAGCAACAAGCGUUUGUGUAUGUGCGUGAUGCAUAGACUGCCCUGGUUGCAAGGUGUGUACAGAUUUGCCAUUCUUUUGUCUACUUGUAAGUGAUUGUAACAUUUGAUUUGGAACACUCUGCGGUGUAUAUUUAAACAGCCUUGUGUAUAUUUCCUAUGAUCUCUUUAUGCGAGCACACUUGUAACCAUAAUGUGUAUAGUUAACAGAUGCUGUGUGUGCUUUCUGCCUGGGCAACUAUUUUUUGUAACUCCAGUUGUAGAUUGUCUCUAAACGAUGUGUGAUCUUUAUUUUGAAACAAAACAUGGAUAAAAAGCUCAAAAUUUAAAAAA